CACUGUUGCAUCACCAUCGGCACAGCUACUCAGUGGCAAUUCCGGCCACGUCGAUGUGAGCCAAUUUAGGUCUACUGCAGCCCCACUGCCGACCCCAUUACUGGCGUGAUCUACACCCAUAACCCGCUGUGUGUCUUUCCGCCAACGCAACUCAUCCACCGAAGCGGCACCCGAUCUUCGCCCACCCAGAUGAUGCCCGACAAGACCCUCCGGGUCGUUACAUACGCUGCCGGUGCCUCGCUUGCAGCGAUCACAUUGAUUUACGUCUUUGGCCCGACCUACUUCCUCGACAACGACGACUCGAGCUCCUCUAGGGGCACCUUUUCGAACCGUAACAAGGGCGUCGUAGGCCUCUCCAAUCCUGCAAACGACUGUUUCAUCAACUCGGUUCUCCAGGCGCUCGCGGGUCUGGGAGACCUUCGACUCUACCUGAUACGGGAGACGCAUCGCCGUAGUCUCGAUGACGAGUCCGUCUAUGCACAGCCCGUCCCCGCCGGGGCAAUGGCGAGAGAUGAACGCUUCCGCAAGGACAUACCGGAAUGGAAACUGGAGGGCUUACAAAGAGGCUUUGUCACUAAGAGCUUGAAGGAGAUCCUGGACGCCUUGAACGAGCGGCCCAUAUAUAGGAAGACAAUAUCGGCCCUGCCGUUUGUGAGAGCGCUCGAGGUGGCGUUUGGGCAGCGCAUUAGCCGGCAGCAGCAGGAUGCUCAGGAAUUCCUGCAGGUGGUUGCUGAGAGGCUUUGCGAUGAGUACCAUGCCGGAUGCCGGGCCCGGCAGUUUGUCAGACGCAUAGUCGCCCUCGGUGAUGACGGGAAAUCAGAGGCAGAGGCAGUCGCCGCCAAGGACAUGGAUAGCGAGAAGGAUCAUUGUGUGGAAGAGGAGGAAGGUUUCCCCCUGGAGGGUAGGUUCGAAUCACAGAUUGAGUGCUUAACGUGCGGUUUCAGACCAAGACCCACAGCAUCGAAUUUCUGCACCCUCACGCUCAAUGUGCCACUCGUCUCAUCGACAACCUUAGGCGCAUGCUUCGACGGCAUGUUCAAAACCGAAAUUAUUGAUGACUUCAAGUGCGAGAAGUGCCGUCUCCUGCACGCACUGGCUCACUUCGAGUCGACGAGGGUUCGAGCGGCGUCGGAGGCCGCAAGGGCCGAAACCGAGGCAGCUGUGGCAAAGCUUCGACUCACCAUUGCCACGGACCCGGAGAAACCGCCAGAAGACGUCCAGCUCCCAGACCUGCGCUAUGCGCCCAAGCGCAGAAUAGCCCGUCACAUUGCCAUGACCAAAUUUCCCAAAAUUCUGGCCAUUCAUUUGUCGAGGUCGAUAUUUGACGCCAGCCACUCGUCAUUGAAAAACUCGGCCAAGGUCGCGUUUCCAGAAGAGCUGCCGCUCGGCGGGCUGCUCCGGCAACAAAAGUACAAGCUUCUCAGCGUCGUGACGCACAAAGGAAGCCACAACAGCGGGCAUUACGAGUCCUUCCGGCGACAGAACGUCUACCCGCCCUUUUCCAACCCCAGCACAUUCCAGGCCUCGGGGGUGUACAGCAGGACGGCCAGUCCAGCUUCGACACCGCGAAUUCCGGCCCACGGCGAUGGACUGGGAAAGUCUUCCUGCAGCAUGUCCCUAACCCCAGAGCCGCUAACCGACGAAUCCAAAUUCGGCCUAUCCCCGGCUUCCCUUCGCCGGGCCGAAGCUCCGGCAGGGAGCUCUCGUAGCUCGUUGUGCAACGGCACAUCUGGUGGGGAGAAGUCGGGGUCUUCGCAAUGUCCUGUCCCGGCUGGUGUGCCUCGGGGCAGAGACUCCGCCGCACUCAAUGCUGUCGCUGGCAAGGGCGGGUCGCCAUUGGCUCGACCGGCGCCGGCCGCGAAGCCCAAGCAGCGGAAACAGCAGGCCCGUUGGUGGCGGAUCAGUGACGACAAAGUCAAGGAAGCCAGCACGCGCGACGUGCUAAGCAUGCAACGGGACGUGUACAUGUUGUUCUACGAAAUGGAAAGACUUCAUUGAGUGGGUAGGCCGGUUAUAGGCAUACGGAUCUGGACGGUAUUGUAGGCGUACUUACAACAUGACUCUGAGCUGAGACACAUCAUCGACUUGUUGAGCCGGCGGGGCCGCUAUUCAAAACUUGGAACGCAUGGUAUCGCCCCAUUGCGGCGGAAGGCUGCAUUCCCCAUACACGGGACAAGAGUAUCACUGUCCCAGCAACUCGCUCGCCAAUUUCCUCGCUUCUUCCUCGCUUGGCGGAGUUUCCCUGCGUGCCGCAUCGGCCUUGGCCAAGUCAAACCUCCAGAGACCGCCCGUCUUGUCGGCAUCACCGUUCUCUGGCAGGCCAACUGCGGCCCCCAGUUUUGUCAGGACCCAAUCCGCACCAUCGUGCUGAGCGGUGAAAUAGCGUCGUGACCAUGUGCG